AAAACAAAAAAAAACAAAAACAAAACCAAACAAAACCAGUCACCAUUCCCAUUUCCCACCCGUCUCUCUCUCUCCCUCUCUCUCUCUCUCUAAAAUCAAGCAAUCGCUUUCUCUCUCUCUCUCUAAAAUCAAGCAAUCGCUUUCUCUCAGCCUCUCAGGCAAGAUUUUAUGCGCAAUGGCAAGAGGCCCUGCUUCGUCUCUGUUUCGAGUUUAUGCUUACAAGAAAAACUCUUCUAGGAUUAGGGUUUUGCUCUGCAACCAACAAUAUAUCACUACUAGUAGCACUAGUUUUGGACAAUAUCACCACCGUGGGGCAUCCCAAAAUCCUUUUCUCAGUUCCUCUUUUCAUGUCCCAAACCGACCCUUUUCAACCAACUUGAUAACCCUAGCUUGCCUUGGAUUGAUUUCACAGAGAAAAAACGUUCUGGGUAGUGAUUAUUUUCAUGUUAAACCAUUUUCUUCGGUUGCGGAAGAUGGGGACGGGGAUGUGAAUGAUAAUAGUGAAGGUGGUAGGACUGAUUUGGUUGAUUUAGGAUGUGAAUUUGAUGCGGAUUCUGGGAAAAGUAUUGAUUUUGAUAAUGAAAACGAGGUCACUUCUUGCCAUGAGGAAGAGGAUGGUGUUUAUGAGGAUUUUGAUUCGGCAAUGGCUGAAUUGGAUAAUGACAGUGUGGACGGUGAGGGUGCUGCAAAUGGCGAGGGUUAUGUUCAUGUUGCGUGUCGCAAUCCUUUGGAAUUGUAUCGCGAGCUUCGCGACACUGAAAAUGGUGUGAAACUGAGGCGGUCUGAUUGGGUGACUCUCACUGAAACGUUUGGUGUUUUGAGCCGGUCGGGUUGGGCAUCUGACCAGGCUCUUGCAAUUUACAUUGGCAAAGCGUUUUUCCCUACUGCUGUGCAAAAGUUCAAGAAGUUUUUCUUUAAGAAAUGUUCAGCUGAUGUUGCCAAGUACUUGGUGACUCUCGGCCCAGCUGAUGCUGCGGUUAAGUUCCUGUUCCCAAUAUUUGUCGAAUAUUGUUUAGAGGAAUUUCCUAAUGAGAUCAAGCAGUUCCAGGGUAUGGUUGAGUCGGCGGAUCUCACUAAGCCCCACACAUGGUUUCCCUUUGCGCGAGCUAUGAAACGUAAGAUAAUAUAUCACUGUGGUCCGACCAACAGUGGUAAGACUUAUAAUGCCUUGCAACGGUUUAUGGAGGCAAAGAAAGGUUUAUAUUGCAGCCCUCUCAGGUUGUUGGCUAUGGAAGUUUUUGACAAGGUGAAUGCACUUGGUGUGUAUUGUAGUCUUCAGACUGGUCAAGAAAAGAAGUACAUCCCCUUUUCGAACCAUACUUCUUGCACUGUGGAAAUGGUGUCGACGGAUGAACUGUAUGACGUUGCUGUUAUUGAUGAAAUUCAGAUGAUGGCCGAUCCAAGUCGAGGUUAUGCGUGGACACGGGCAUUGCUUGGGCUAAAGGCUGAUGAGAUACAUUUGUGUGGAGAUCCUAGUGUUCUAAACAUUGUUCGAAAGAUCUGUUCAGACACAGGGGAUGAGUUGUAUGAGCAGCAUUAUGAGAGAUUUAAACCGUUGGUUGUUGAAGCAAAGACACUCCUGGGAGAUCUUAGAAACGUGCGGUCUGGAGAUUGCGUGGUUGCAUUUUCUAGGAGAGAGAUAUUUGAGGUUAAAAUGGCAAUUGAGAGAUAUACCAACCACCGUUGCUGUGUAAUAUAUGGUGCGCUGCCCCCAGAAACUCGCAGGCAGCAAGCGAAUUUGUUCAACGACCAGGAUAAUGAAUUUGAUGUGCUUGUUGCUAGUGAUGCAGUGGGAAUGGGUCUGAAUCUUAACAUCAGAAGGGUUGUAUUUUAUAGCGUCUCAAAGUACAACGGUGAUAAGGUUGUUCCAGUUUCAGCAUCACAGGUGAAGCAGAUUGCUGGACGAGCUGGUCGGAGGGGAAGCAUCUAUCCAGACGGACUCACAACCACGUUACAUUUAAACGAUCUGGAUUACUUGAUUGAGUGUUUGAAGCAACCUUUUGAUGACGUUAAGAAAGUUGGUCUCUUUCCUUUCUUUGAGCAGGUUGAGAUGUUUGCAAGUAAACUCCAAGAUGUUUCAUUAUCCCAGCUGCUCGAAAAAUUUGGCCAGAAUUGCCGGCUGGAUGGAUCAUAUUUCUUAUGCCGACACGAUCAUAUUAAAAAGGUUGCAAACAUGUUGGAGAAGGUCCAGGAACUAUCUCUAGAGGAUCGGUUUAACUUCUGUUUUGCCCCUGUUAACAUCAGAGACCCAAAGGCUAUGUACCAUCUCGUGAGGUUUGCCUCAGCAUACAGUCAGAAAGUUCCUGUCAAUAUCUAUAUGGGCAUGCCAAAGGCUUCUGCUAGCAAUGACGCAGAGCUCUUGGAUCUUGAGUCUAAGCAUCAAGUUGUGUCCAUGUAUCUAUGGUUGUCACAACACUUCGAGAGAGAGAAUUUUCCAUAUGUGCAGAAGGCUGAGACAAUGGCAACAGAUAUCGCUGGCUUGUUGGCGGAGUCUCUUGUUAAAGCUAAUUGGAAACCCGAGUCAAGAAAGACGGGGAAACCAAUGCCCCAACAGAAGGCAGAUGUCUAUGACAGGCCAAGAUCACUCAUCAAACUAAAAGAGAAGGCAAGGAUCACUCAACACAAACAUUCAGAGAAAACAGCUACUUACUGAUGUGGGCGGAAAAGUGAAUAGUUUGAGGAAAAGUGAGUGUUUUGUUGGAGGGUGGCAAAUAUUGAACCCGUCAGCAAUCAAUGAAGGGGGAUCAUGUGGAGAAGGCGUGAAAGACCCGUAUCAAAAUUCAAUGCCUCUGUCUUGAAGUGCAAUGUGGAAAACCCCAGAUGAAAUGUUGUUGCACGUUGCUAUGGCAGAAACAAGGCGUGAAGAAGAACAUCUAAUGGCGGAUAGUAGAUACGACCCGACAUUUUUGGUGGUGAAGACGGGGUUGUAAGUGGAGAAGACCGGGGAUGUGCUGACAAUUCAAUGGGCCCAAGUUUGUGGAUGAAUUCUAUUCUAAUCCCAAACAUUUAAAACGUUCUACAAUCAGUAUUUAAUCUUGAGCAAGAAAUUUUGUGGAUCAAGAAAUUUUAGCCACAGUAAUUCAGAAGAAAGUGCUUGGAAUUGCUUGAGCAAGGAACUAACUUUGUGCAGUACAAAAUUAGAUAGAAGACUAUUAUAUGUCAACCUUUAUUAAGUACUCUGCCAGAGUAGUUAUAGGGUAUGUUUAGUUUGUUGAUUCGAGUUUUUAAUUCGAAUUGAGAUGUAAUUUUAUGUGAGUUUUUUAUUAUAGCAAAAAAGUUAAAUUUCUAGAGAGUAGUUGUAAUUUUGUUAUCAUCAGGGCUUACUAGGCAUAAUAUGACCUUUCCAAAGAAG